GUUUGUGAACUUUGAACCAAAGCAGUGAACAGCUGAUGUCGAGGGUCAAUGAAAGCUUUGUAAAAAGAGUGAUCACAAUCACCAUUCAGGAGACAAGGUGUGGACAGCAGCAGUAAUCUUCCACUGAAACUCGGGAUAUAUAGUUUUCCUGUUCCUUUUCAGUUCACUGUUCAGAUUAUUCACUUUGGCUGAGGUGUUAUAUGAAUCAACGGUACAAAGAUGCAGCUGCCUGUGGACAUAUGUGUUUUCCUUCUGUCUCUUGUGGCUCCUGCGGUUCUCUACACUAUGAACAAUGUCAUAAAACAGCCUGUAAUGGUGUUGACACUAGGAGCUGCCGUACUGUACAUUAUACCCUACGUCAUGUCUUUCCUCGUCCUCCAUCUUCUCGCAUUGCAACACUGGGAAAACAUUGACCCCUUGUUUUAUGUGUUGGCUGUGUUUUCCUUCACAUGUCUGGUGGGCCUGACCAAUGCUUUGGAACAGGAUGGCUACAUCUCUGGUUACAUGGGCUUCUACCUGAAGAAGGGGGAGCCCCAUCUGAGUGCAGCCUACGCUGUGAUGAUGAAUUACUGGGAGGGAGUCCUUCACUUCCUCCUCUUCCUCAUCAUCAUCCAUCGCAUGUUCAGGGGGAAGUCCUAUCGCAGCCUGGCGUUGUUCUGGGCUGGGUCUUCCAUCGCCCACCAGAUCGUCUUCAUCCCAGGAGUAGUCAUCGGUAAAUAUGGUUCAAACAUUCAUCCCGCCUUCUGGAGGAAUACUCCCUUCCUGUUGCUGCCCGUCUGGGGAGCCAUCCUGCUCUUCAGUAGAGAGAGAGAGCUGCCAAUCAUUCCUGCAGACAAGAUUGCAGUAGCACAGAAGAGAAGUCUCCUCUACAGGCCUGUUGACCUGAUCCUGUCUCUGCUACUGCUGGGAGCCAUGGCCUUCUCUGUCUUCAGGGGCAUUGUGGCCCUUGACUGUCCUCUGGAUACCUGCUUCACCUAUAUCUACCAGUAUGAGCCUUACCUCAAGGAUCCUGUGGUCUUCCCUAGGAUCACGAUGCUGGUGUAUUUGUUCUAUGCGUUGCCUCUGCUGGCUGCAUUCAUAUACGGGUUGAGGAACCCUGGUUGUACCUGGAUGUUGGACUGGGCCAUCUUCUUUGCGGGGGCCAUAGCCCAGACCCAGUGGUGCCAUAUCGGGGGAUCACUCCACUCCCGAACCCCCUUCACAUACCGGGUCCCAACAGACAAAUGGUUGACCGUUAUGAUUCUAAACGGGGUGUAUGUAGCUGUACCGAUCCUCCUAGCCAUCCGAUGCCGCCUCAGCCCCACUUUCUUCAUGCCUAGUGUACCAGAGGGACAGACUAGCCCGGAGAAGAAGGACAACUAAACCCAGAACACUACAAUUCCCACUGAGCAUGGACUCAGUGAGCGAAUGGUCUAGAAUGCUACUGUAAGAUCAAGAACUACUGUACCCACGAUCCUAAAGAACCCAAACGUUUUGGUGAGGCGAACCACCUAUGUUUCUGGAAAUGUGACCCUCCAGAUUUACAAAACAAUGUUAUAUCAAUCUAGAACACAUCAAGCAAAUUAACUAACAUUUCUUACAUUAUCCGCUCCCUCUGUCGGUUAGAGCCUUUUGGAGUAAAGUUCAGGCCCAUGUCUACAACAGCGGAAUACAGUACAGUGCAUUAAACAGCCAAAACCAAGCCCUGCUACAAGCCAUCUAUUCUGCAGUAGCACUCCCUAUAUGGACUAUUGGAUCGAGAUAAAGCCUGUUUGUGGACAUGGCUUUAUCUAUGUGGCUAGUGAGUCAGUGAGACAGUCUCAGGCGGUAUACUAUAGUAGGGCCUAAAAGGCCUAUAAACCUGGACUCUGAUCACUGACAUUGAUACAGCAGGACAGCAUUGCCUCAUAGAGUUAUCACAGAGGAACUGUGAAACUAUGGACCAUGUUGAGGACUCUUUUUGUUUUUUUUGCUGAACAACUGUGUUGUAGUGCUGCUGAUAAGACCAGAUAACAAGGCAUGUUUCACAAGAUGUGGUUGGGAUUGGAGAGACCACUAUAGGAAGUCAUGGUUUGAGGGGACAAAUGUUAAGUUAGUAUUUAUGAAACAAAUGAUGGCUAUUUUUGGAGGGGUUCGGACAGAAUUACUUCAAUAAAUGUUUGUUAUGUGAAUAUAUUAAAAUAUGUGAACAACUA